AUGAAUCGGGUGAAAAUACAUCGUAUUUUUCCACGAAACAGAUUUUAUGUAGGAAUAUUAUUGGACUGGAAAGAGAGCGUGGGCGAUCGUAGUUUUCGUUCUGUUUUAUGCCGAGCAUUGAUCAGUUUGAGAGCAUAUCCUUUAGAAAUUGCUACGUUUACAGAUCUCAGAAAUAUCCGAGGUAUUGGUGAUCAAAUAGCUCGAAAACUUGAAGAAGCGUGGAAUGUAUUUUGCUCACGAAAUUUGACUACACCAAGUUUGAAGCAGAUUAAUCAGAUGAAAAAGGGAGAAUUCUUACAAUUUUUAAACCAUUCAAAUCUUCUGGAAAAAAAAUCUAGGCUCCCUCGAACUAUGGAAACAUUAUCCGCGGACUGCGUUGGUCUUCUCAAAUCAAAGGCUGUGGAACACUUGCUUCAACAUGUGGAUGCUGCGAAUGUGAAGCAGAGUCGUAAUCACAUACGUAAACGUGUUAUGAGAACAGUUCAGCCAUUACAGUUAUCGAAGAAAGUAGCACUGGAGAACGAAGGUACUAGCAAUUCAUCAGUAAAUGAAUCGUACUGUGGUGAAGUACAAGUUAUUCGAAGACCUAGUGCGCUCAAUGUUAAGAUGGUAAACUACGUAACUGAUGACGUUGAACUAAUUGGUUCUGUUGCCGAUGAUGAUAGAAAUGAGCAUGUUUAUACAGUAUCACAGGAAUGUGCUGAUAGCAUUAUCUACCAUCCUUCUGCAUUUACUAAUGCUCAAAUAAUAUUAAUUAUUGACAAUCGAGAAAGUGCUAAUACGAGAAAAUUUCAGCAAAUGUGCAGUUUGUUCCAGAAAAAGGGAAUUUUUUACGAGAUGCGUUCGUUAUCUGUUGGUGAUUACUUGUGGGUAAUGCGUAUGUGUGAUGGUACAGAGAUGGUGCUUGACACCAUUGUUGAACGUAAGACACUUGACGAUCUGUGGUCUAGUAUAGUACAAAAGAGGUACGAGGAACAGAAACAACGCUUAAUAUCAGUUGGUAUUCCAAACGUAGUUUAUAUCUUGGAAGGACCCUUAAUUUCUGUGCCUUCUCUUGAACAAGCGCUUGUUACUACUCAUAUAGAAAAUCGAUUUCUAGUUUAUCGUACCAGUAGUAUGGAGCACACUUCACUUGUUUUAUCUAAAAUUGCAAAACGACUAGCAAGAAAAGCAGUUUCUCAGGAGCUAACAGGAAUGAGCUUUGAAAAAUUCCAAAAAACGUCGAAAAAAACCCAGCGUCGUAGCGUUAAAGAUGUUUUCUUGCGGCAACUUGUCGUAUGCCCACAGAUCAGCAUCCAGAAAGCAGCACAUAUCGUUGAUCGGUUUCCAUCUUUUGCAGCACUCACAGUUUUUUACUCUUCACUCCCAAAGAAUCAACGAGCAACAGCCCUGUCCGAAAAUUUUUUGGGUAUAACCAAGAGUGUCAGCGCACAUAUAGCAAAAUUUUAUUCCGAAGUUUGA